UAUUACUGUAGCUUAGCUCUCUGAGGCUGCGCGUUUGUUAGGGGGAGUGCGGUAUGUUGUGGCCGAGUGCGCGGCUGGUAGGUGAUGCACGGUAGUCUCCCCCGCCCCAUCUGUUCUGUACCGGGGAGGGGGGGUCCCGGUGUCUCCAUCCCCCGGCUCUCGGUGAUUACCGCCUACAGGAGUCUAUGAGCGGCCCGAGGUAAGCGGAUGGUGGGGCCUGCGGACUGCUCCACUGCACAGGAGGGAAGGGGGAGGCGAAGGACGAGCGGCUGAGGAGGAGAUAGACCACAGGAUCCAGGUAAGAAGAGGGCAGACGGCAAGAGUUGAAGAUACCGUGUAUUGUGAAAGCCCAUCUUGACACUUCUCCUUCCCGACAUCACAAAUGCGACCAUGGGAGCUGGCAGUGACUAGGUGGCCUCCUUCAGCGCCCAUUAACCAGCGGAGGUUCUUGGGACCCUGCAGCGCCCCAGCACACCUCAGGCGAAGCCCUCCAGUGAGGCGUCAGUGGGGAAGGAGGGACAGACCCCAACAGAGUAUCGUCGGUCAGGAUGAUAGUUCCUUGUGGGCUGCCUUAUUUCCUGUAGAUGAACAUAGAGUUUACGCCCUCACCAGCACUCCACCACGAAUGCUCCACCCCACUUCACACUCCACUCAGCAAACACCAUUCAUGGUUGACCUUCAUGAACAGGUGCACCAGGGACCUGUCCCUCUUUCAUACACUGUUACAACGGUAACUCAAGGUUUCCCUUUGCACGCUGGGCAGCACAUCCCAGGGUGCAGCACGCAGCAGCUGCCAGCAUGUUCUGUCAUGUUCAGCAGCCAGCACUACCCACUUUGCUGCCUGCCUCCUCCAAUCAUACCAGGGUGCACCAUGCAGCAGCUUCCUGUCUCGUACCAGCCAUUUCCUCCGCUCUUAUCCAGCGAACAUUACAUCUUGCACCCUCACCCACCGCUGCCACCACACCAGCCGCCUCAUUUGGCCUCUCUGACCCCAUUUGUUACAGUGCAACCACAGAGAGUGCCACUGCAGAGGAUAGACAAUGAGUUAGAGCUUCGAGGGGACCAACAUCACAUGGGCAAUUUCCCAUUCCACCACUCUCACCCUGUGCCUGCAAUACCCCAUUCAGCGCCCAUGCAUUACCUCUCCCAUGAUGCACUGCACCAGGAGCUAUCCUUUCCAGUGCCAUAUGCCCAUUUGAUGCCACGGCGAAUAAAUGCUCAACGAUAUCGGCUGCAGCAACCACUUCCACCUCCUGCACUGCCCCCUUCAUAUUAUCCCAGCUUUCUCCCCUACUUUCUUUCCAUGCUUCCUGUAUCUCCCACUUCUGUUGGCCCAGCAAUCAGUUUGGAUUUGGAUGUGGACGAUGUGGAAAUGGAGAACUAUGAGGCAUUGCUUAACUUAGCUGAACGCUUAGGAGAAGCAAAACCUCGUGGACUCACCAAAGCCAACAUUGAGCAGCUUCCAUCAUACCGCUUCAACCUUGAGAGCCACCAGUCUGAGCAGACAUUGUGCGUGGUGUGCUUUAGUGACUUUGAAAGUCGGCAGCUUCUUAGAGUGUUACCUUGUAACCAUGAGUUCCAUGCAAAAUGUGUUGACAAGUGGCUCAAGUCCAACCGCACAUGUCCCAUCUGCCGGGCUGAUGCCUCUGAAGCUCACAGAGAUGGGGAGUGAGGACAGGAAUUUUCCCUCUCACCUGCCAGUGCACAAACCCAGAGGGAUCAACAUAACGUAAACCAGCCUCCUUGCCUGUCUCGGAUGCUUCAGCUUCCCCCUCCACUUGCACUUGUCCUAGCGGCUAGGACACAGCAGCUUUGAAUCUGGAGGUGGUGUCAAGAGUCAUACAUUCCACUGUCUCCAUCCUAGUACCUCUACACCCCAGUACUUCCCAGCUGAGCUCCUACAUUAUGUAUUGUAGUUGUGGGACUUGGGAGGGAUUUGAGGUGUGUUGGAGAUGAAUUGGGUUGCACAUUGGAGAGUAACUUUUUCUCCCUUCCUCCAAUGUGAGUAGCUGAGGCUAACAGGUUAAAAAAAAAAAAAGACCUGGAUCUUUAAGGCCAGUGCUGACCCCCGAACGGGAAUUUGAGGCAUUACCAGGGGCUCCCUGUCUGCAAAAUUCUUCUGUUAGUCCCUUAGUUGAGGGGGAUGUCACAGCUGCUUAUUUAAAUAUGUUUGCACUGAAGCCCUAGAGGGCCGUUUUUGUUAUUUUUCUUUUAAUUCUGUGGACCAGCAUUUUAUGUUCUAUUACUUGAUGCCAUGAGAACUAAUCACAUUCAGAGAAGGUUGUAAAAUCAGUUUGGCCUUUUUAAACUUUCUAUUAGUAUUGUUCCGUAAUCUGUUUUUAAUCUUGUCUCAAGCUUUGUUCAAACGUGUGUGGUUUUAGCAAUCCAUUCCAGUCUACCUGAGAGCAAUGAAAUGGUGUGAUUUGAAACAAGCAUGAUUUACAGUAACGCAAUAGAUGUUUUUUGUGACCCAGUGAGAAACCUCAACCUUUGCUCUGCUUUAGAUCAGUAACUUUUUUUUUUUUUUUUUUAAAUGGAGCAGAGGUGAAAAC